CUCCGAAACGAGGCUGCAACUGUCCAAUUCAUCGCUUUGAAUACGACCAUACCUGUUCCACAAUACCAACUUUACAGCAAGGACGGGCUUCUCCACCUCGAGUCGAAACGAAUAACGAAUGGAGUUCUUCUGAAAGGUAUAAGUGGAGAAUUUCGAUCCGCCGCGGCCGCAGCCGUCGGCAAACAGAUAAACCCCUUUAUCCUGCCACAACUUCGUUCGCUGCGUCGAAAAUACAUUGGGAGCGUCGACCCUUCUAUUCUGGUGUUCCCGCCUCAGCGGGUGUACGACCGUAACCGACGGCCUUGGGGACGAAUAUCAUCAGCAACCGAUUGCUUUUGCCUCUGUCAUAACGAUCUCGGACCCCAAAACAUAUUUGUUUGUCCUGAUACAUUUCAAAUCGUCAGGAUAAUAGACUAG